CAACAACCUAACCAAGACGAAAACACCACCACCAUACACCGCCGAACCGCCAUGCCAGCCAGGAAAGACGACCUCCCAUGUAUCGUCGGCAGGUACAUCCGUGAUGUCGCCCCGGACGCCUUGCCAACCUACCUGGAUCAGACGGGUUUGACCGAACACCACCUAAACACCCCCCUCCCCGACCUCCGGUCCAUCAUAGAAUCCUACCAAUCCUCUCAAAUCGCCUCCCGUCUCUCUUCCCUGCACCUCACUCAGACCAACAACAACCUUGUUCGAGAUGGUCUUGUGCUUCCAGAAGAUCCUUCCAAGGCCAACGCUAAGGCUAUGAAGGCUAAAAUCCCCGAGACUUUCCGGUUGAAGGAGGUGGAGAAGACUAUUGAAGGUGUCAGCGCUGUGAAUUUGUUAGGGGUUUGGGUGGAGAGGUUGGCUAGGAGGCGGUUUGAUACGUCAAGUGCUAGCUACCAAGCGGACUACCCCCAAAAGAUCCUCAUAACCUCAGUAGACAAGACCCUCAAGAUAAUCUCCCCCGAAUCCGGCGAGGUGGACUCGAUCCUAGAGCCUCACAAGGCGGCUAUUCUUAGCGUCUCCGUACAUCCCAGGUUUAGGCGGUACAUCUUGACCGGGUCUAUGGAUGGGUCUGCCAUACUGAGCGACCUGAUCACUACCACCCCGAUCCAGACUUUCAAACAUAACAAGUUCGUCAACCUGACCGCCUUUUCCUUCUCUGGCGAAUACAUGGCCACAGCGGGUCACGACCGGAUGCUCCAUAUCUACACUGUAGACACGCCUCACAAGCGGAUGGACGAGGACGACUUGGAAUUACUGGACGAGACCGACGACGAAGCUUUGGCGGGGGAACCGACGUUGCGGUAUAAAAAGGUCAAGACGGUCGGACUGGAGACGAACCCCGAAGGGUUGGUCUUCACCCCGACUCACCUGAUUUACACUUUACGAUCGUCGCACCUCCUGUACUUCCUCUCCCUCCCUACGGAAACCUCAAAUCCAAAUCAAAGUAAAAGUCAAGCACAGUCCGCCACACCAUGGACGACACGAACGAAGAGCUUCAACCCUUCCCCGUUAGACACCCACGUCUCGUUCAGCGUCCUCUACCUAGCAUUACACCCGAAUGGGAAGCUCGUAGCGUGUAUGACCGGAGAUCCGGCGACGACGGGCGCAGGAGAACGGGUGUUGAUCUAUUCCACCGACAUCUCACCUGAAGAAGAUGGAGAUGAGCAAGGGGGGGAAGGUGAUGGUCUCAUGAUGCAAGGGGUGCAAAGUCAGGUACAGGAGGCCGUCCCCAGGCCGAUCAUGGGUAGCGAGGGGGAGAGGUUGGCUUGUCUCUGGACGGGGGAGGUUGGGGACGAGUACGUCUUGCCCCGGAUGACGUGGUUGCCAGAUGGGAGUGGGAUCAUAACGACGACGACAACGGGAUACCUCAACCUGAUCGACCUGACAGGCUCGGUCAAGUCCAAACUCCGUGUUCACGGCAGGGUUGCGACUGGCAACGAGUUGUCAGGGAUCGUCAGGGACGUCGCCAUGCUCGGGUCUGCGGACAGUCCAGAGACGUGGCGGGCGGUCAGUGUAGGGUAUGACGGUCGUAUUCAGAUCUCGAGAUGAUGUCUAUAUCAGACGAUGUCGGUCGGGCGCGAUAUAACGUGUCUAUACGAUACAACAGUCCGGUCGUUCAAGGCUCGGGGUAUCGUUUCAUAUUACGGGUAGAGACGCGGUCUUUCGUCAUUCGCAUAGCCGGAUACCUAUACGUAGCCAUCCAUCGGCGCCUGGGCUGCAACAAGCUAACCAGGCCAAUUCUGCGUCUGAUGGGAGCUCGACGCCGUGUAGGUAGGGUACCGCUAGCGAGUAAAGGUCGUUGCUG